CACAUGCAGCAACUGCACAGACACCAAAGGCUGAAGGUGCAGGGUCACGAGCAUCAGUCAGAGUAACGGAGAGUUACGGGACAAAGACAAAUCUUUGGCUGUUAGGCUGACUGACUGAGAGAUGCCGCUUCUGCUGCUGUGUGUUGUUCUCCAGGCGUUGUCCUUUUCUCAAGGGCUCAAUGGUACAGAUGACCUUUCUUCCAAGAGUGUGGCAAAGCAUGCUGAUCAUCCUGACAUACAGAUUGAGCUCUCCACACUAAGUCUGUCCAAAGGCUGCUCUGGUGUGCUCAGGGCGCCUCACCAGAACACUACAGUCCAUGUGACCCUCAAUCUUCUGGAUGCUGAGAAAAAGAAAGAGCUUGCUCUCCAAAUCUGUGAACUUGUUGGUUGUGGCCACAGUCUUGAGAUCGGCACGACUGCAACUGUGCACAAUGGCACUUGUCUUGCAAACUGCAUCUUGAAAGACUCAAAUCUGCACAACUGCACUACAGCCGCAGAAGGCGACUGCACAAAUGCAACUGAAGUAAUUUGCGAGGCUGUCAGAUUGACCGGAGGACGUGAUCGCUGUGCAGGACGGGUGGAGCUGUCGCAUUUUGGUCAAUGGGGAACGGUGUGUAAUGAAGAUUUUAAAAUCAUAAGUGGACAAGUAAUAUGUGCUCAGCUGAAAUGUGGCAGUGCAGUUAGAGUGGCCCAUUUUGGGGUUGGCAGCGGAGUCAUCCACAUCAGCAAAAUGAGAUGCAACGGCACAGAGAGCAACUUAUGGGAGUGCGACCCCAUCGACAACACUGGAAACUAUUGUGGACAUAAGGAAGACGCUGGCAUUGUGUGUUCAGAAAGUGUUGAGAUCACACCCACAGGCAGCACAACCGAGCUGGCGUUAACAACACUGGUGGCAGUGGCAGUAACAGAGCGCAGCAGUGGAGUUUCAGCAGCAGCGAUUGCCUGCAUCAUCUUAUCUAUUGUUUUACUUAUGUUUAUUAUUAUAAAUGCUGCUGUCUGUAUACAUUUCCAAAGAGCAAAGGCAUGUGUGAUACAUCAAGAUCACAGUAAUUCCCACAGAAGCCUGGAGGACCAGUCCAAUGUACAGAUAGGAGUCUAUAACACACAAAUUGUCUCGGCUGUCAGGGGGGAGCAGUACGAAAGUCUUGGCCCGAGAAUGAGCUCAAACUAUGGCCGUAAAUUCCAAAAUCAAGCCACUCACAACUCUGACACUGAUUCAGACUAUGAACAUCAGAACAGCAUUCGACCGCAAAGACUGCAUCUAAACAACUCUCCAAGAGAUAUGAAUGAUGUAGACAGUUCAUGGCGUGGAGAAAGAUAUACACACGACGUAGAAAUCAACAUGGACGCCGUCAAGUCAGCAGUAGAUGUGAAUGAUUCAAGCAGUACAUCUUCUGGAGAGUUCUAUCAAAACACCCAAACCGAAGAGGACAACAUUCUUAAGUCACGUGCGGAAACACCGUCACUUCAUGAAAAGUCACCAUUGACACACCUGUCUUAUGGUGACCAUAACUCACCAGGAACUGAGUGUAACGCAGAUGUGAAUGAUUCAAGCAGUACAUCAUCUGGAGAGUUCUAUCAAAACACAGAGGCCGACAGAGACAACAAUUUCAAGUCACGUGAGGACGUGGCAUCGAUGCAUGAAAAUUCACAGUAUGCACCCCUGUCUUAUGGUGACACUGUGUUAUUAGCAGACACUGACAGUCAAGCUGUAGAUGUGAAUGAUUCAGACAGUACAUCUUCAUUCGAGUGCUAUCAAAACACAGAGACGUAUAUGGACAAGAAUCUGCACUGUGCUAAAAACCUCAGGGAUCUGUCUUCUGCAGAAGACGAGGAAAGCCCAUCACUUCUUGAGAAGUCACUACAGACACCCCACAGCACUCAGAUGACAGGAAACACUGCUGGUUACAGCGGCUGUCGUGUUCCUCGUGCCCACAGUCGAGAUGAGAAUGAUUCAGACAGUACUUCAUCAGAAGAGUGCUACCAGAACAUAGAGAUUAAAGAAAACGCCUGUCUCAGUUACGGUGAGGAAAGCCCAUCAUUUCCUGAGAUGUCUUUUCAGAAUCCCCCCAUUGCACAGACCACAGAAAGUACUGACGGUUAUGACGAACAGCAUGUAACUACAAACUUCAGUCAAGAAACAGAUAAUAGUAGUACAACAUCAGAGGCAUCGUACGUGAAUGUACCAUCUUUAAAAGAGGAGGACAAUUCUGUUGCAUCUUCAGAUGGUGACUACGCUGAAAUUGAAAACUGGUGAAAUCAGCAUAAGUGCUAGAGAUUUUUCUCAGCAGAUGAUUCACAACAACGCAUCCCUGAAAACCGUGGAACGUAAUGCAAAUGGGCCCUUGCAAUACCUGAGUAUUUCUUAUUAUACUGGAAGAACAGAAAAACAAAUCAACAUUGCUCAUCUAAAUUACAAUAAACAUUCUAAACCAUGA